AUGAAAUUCUUGGUUUUUAUGAUCAUUUUUGUUGUUUCAAAGGGUCUUGAACCAAUUGAAGUGGCGACUGAAGAGAAUGGAUGGCAAACAUCACGUGUUCGGAUUGCACGAAGUUUAGAUAAAGAAGAGUUGAAUAAUACAGUUGAGGAUAAAUAUGAUAGAUUUAAUAGAAACGAAAAUUCGUAUGAUGACGCAACACUAAGGUCUCGUGUUUAUGAAAAGGAAAUGGCAGAAAGAGAUAAGUCACAGAUUAAAGCUAGAGAUGAAUAUCGUAAAAGAGCACAUUUAUAUAAUGAAAAAUGGAGGAAAACAGAUGUCAAUGGUCAUUGGAGUGGAAAACGUUUUGAUACUAAUAGAGAUAAUUUUAAAGAAAAUACAAAUCGGUUAACCUCAAGUGGGAUUGACGUUAGAAAAGAUUCAGGAAGGUCUAUGAACCCUUCCUCAUCAAAACCAAGUCCCCAAUUUGCACAACCUUCAUUAGCAUCUCAAUCAAAAAGUGUGAGCGAAAUUGUUGCUGAACGACAAGCCAUUAAAAAUAAUACUACAGAUAGCCAAAAUACUAACUCAUCAAAUAAUCUCAAUAGUACUAAUAACAAUCCUAACCAAUUGUCUAAUUCUACAAACAAUACUAAUCUCAAUAACACUACACAACUAAAUAAUGGAACACAAUUAAACAAUACUACACAAUUAAACAAUACCACACAGUUAAACAAUACUACACAAUUAAACAAUGGAACACAGUUAAACAAUGGAACACAGUUAAAUAAUGGAACACAGUUAAAUAAUGGAACACAAUUAAACAAUACUACACAAUUAAACAAUGGAACACAAUUAAACAAUACAACAACACAAUUAAACAAUACAACAAUACAAUUAAAUAAUACAACAACACAAUUAAAUAAUAGUACAGAACCAAAUAAUUCAAAACGGCCGAGUAAUAUUACACAAUUAAAUACUACUAAUAAUCUAACUAACUCAAAUCUAUUAAAUAAUUUCCCAAAUAAAAUUUCUUCUGGUAGAAACGGAAAUGUAAAAAAUAAUUUAAAUUCAAAAAAUUACACAGGGGCUGUAAAUAGUAAUAACAUUGGCAAUAAUAAUAUUCAAGGAUCUAACGCUAUAUCAUUUGGAGGAAAUGUUAAUAAUAAAGUGAAUGGAAAAUACAACAACGAACCAAAUCAAAGCAAAAGCUCGGGUGGUCUUAUUAAUGAAUUUAAUAGAAAUAAUCCGACUAAUAUUAUUCCCAGUGAUAGAAAAAAAGAAACUGAUGAAUUAAAUAACAACAACCAAAAGAGUAGUGGAAAAGGAGCAAAUAAAAACUACUCAAAUAGACAAAAUGGAAACAAUAGGUAUAACAAUGAACAGAGCAAUGCUAAUACAAAGAAGAAUGAAAAGUAUAAUAACCAGCUAGGAAAUAAUAAUUACAAAACUCAAAACCAAAAAAAUAAUAGUAACAAAAAAGAAAUGGAUCCAAACAAUAAUCCUAUUAUAAAUGAAAUUGACAGUAUCAUCAAACAAAACGACCAAACAAAUAGUGAAAAUGUUCGAAUGAUGAAACGUGUGAAAAAAGAUUUAGAAAAAGAAACUGAAAAGACUAGAGCUAAACAAAGAAGAUCGAAAGAAUGGAAAAAAACUCAAAAAUUAUUGGGAAGGACAAAUCAACUUAUAGGAACAAUAAACAAAAUAGAAGAUAAUAAGAAUAAAAUCAAAAAACAACAAAAUGAAGAAAUAGUACCAAUUCUUUAUAAAAAUAAUGGUCCACAUGCAAAUGAUCCAAAAUAUAAGUCUGGAUAUAAUAAUCAAUUAAGACACGCCCAUGACAAACAAAACGAAAACAAUGAACGAGCAGAUAAACUUUAUGAAGAAUAUCAAAGAAAAUACUUCCCAUAUAGAAAAGUUCAUAAAAGAGUAAGAGGAUGGGUUAAUAACGCACCAAGAAGUAAAUAUAAACCCAAACCAAUCUAUUAUAGAAAAUAUAAAAGAAUAGUAAAACAAGUAAAACCAGUUCAACAUGACUAUUAUAAAGAAGAAUAUAAUCCAAGAAUUGAUCCUAAGAUGACAUCAUUUUUAAAUGAUGAUACAUGGAAGAAACAAAUAGAUAUGGAAUGGAAAAGAAAAAUUUCACAAAAAUUCCAAACAAACGAACGUGAAGAAAUAAAAAAAGACAUUCACACAUUAGAAAUAGAAGAAAAAAAAGCUUUAAAUGAAAUUAAAAGGAAAAUGAAACAAGCAGAAAGAGAAAUUGAAAUUAGAAGUAUUGCAUUAAGAAAACAAUUAAUGAAAGAAAGAGAACAAAAUGAAUUAAAAUUACAAAAUAUGUUAAAUAAGAAAGCAAAAGAAUUUGCUGUUCAACGUAAUGAAUUAAAAAAAGAAUUUAAGAAAACAAUGUCAAAAGCCUUUAAAAAAAUACAAAUGAAUUAUAUCCAAAACGAAUCAGAUUCUGUUGAUUAUGCAAAAGAAAUUAAAAUGUUAAAACUUUUAUCUUCAAAAGUAUUGAAAAAUUUGAAAAAUGAAGAAGAAGAACUACCUAUUUCAUUAAUAAUUUAA